GUGUGGUUCUGUGAGUAUAAAUACCACGGAAGAUUUCCUCCUACUCCCUUGCUGUGUGCGUCCAGUCCUGCUGUUGAGUUGCCAAGGUGCCAACAUGUCCUUCGUCAGUGCUUUUCUCGAGCAGCUUUCCUAUCAGGGCAUGCAAGAUGUGCAGGAUAUCACAGAGGGACAGGGAACAGUGAGGCCCUUUGCUCAAUUCAGUGCUGCUGCAGAUGCAGCCGUCCUAGACAAAGCUAUCAAGGCAAAAGGUGUGGAUGAGGCCACAAUCAUUGAAGUGCUGGUCCACAGGAGUAAUGCCCAGCGCCAGCAAAUUAAGACUGCCUACCAGCAAGCCACUGGAAAGCCUCUGGAUGUAGCCCUGAAAGCUGCUCUUAACGGUGAACUGGAAGAUGUCGUUCUGGGCCUAAUGAUGCCUCCAGCUCAAUAUGGUGCCUUUCAGCUCAAACAAGCCAUGAAGGGUUUAGGCACAGAUGAGGACACACUUAUCGAGAUUUUGGCUUCCAGGACCAAUAAAGAGAUCAGGGAUAUAAAAGAGGCUUACAAACAAGACUAUAAAAAGGAUCUAGAGGCGGACAUCAAAUCUGAGACAAGUGGAGACUUCAGGAAUGCCCUUCUUUCUCUCUGCAAGGCUGCCAGGAGUGAAGAUCGAGUUGUGCAAGAUGACAUGGCUGACAAAGAUGCCAGGGCCUUGUAUGAGGCAGGAGAGAAAAGAAAAGGCACAGACAGCUCUGUGUUUAUCGACAUCCUCACUACAAGGAGCGCUCCUCAGCUGAGGAAAGUUUUCCAGCAGUACUCGAAGUACAGUAAGGUGGAUGUUGCAAAAGCUAUUGAUCUGGAGAUGAAAGGUGACGUUGAGAAGUGCUUGAUUGCUGUUGUGAAAUGUGCUGGAAACAAACCUGCAUUCUUUGCUGAAAAACUAAAUCUAGCAAUGAAGGGCUCUGGUUACAAAGGUAAGAUCUUGACCAGAAUACUGGUGAGCCGCUCUGAGGUAGACCUGGACAAAAUCAAGCAAGAGUAUCAGAAGAAGUUCAGCAAGAGCCUCUACCAGGACAUCCUGGAUGACACAAAAGGAGACUAUGAGAAGAUCCUUCUAGCCUUGUGUGGCAAUUAAUUAAUUAUUGCCAGUAAUAUGUCGAACCCUCUUGCUAUCAGUAUAUAAAGUUUACACCCCAAAUACCUGUAACAGAUUGGAUAGCAUUUUGAUAAAAAAAAAGAAAAAAAAGAAAAUCUUCUCUGAAUGUAUACAUAGCGAAGUUUAUAUAACUUUAACUUUAGAAAGUUAAAGUUGAAAGUUAUAGCUUGCUUACUGAUUAUGCAAGUGUGCUGAUUUGUUUGGUUUCUGAGAUGUUCUGUGUCCCUAGGCAGAGUAUACAUGAAUAAUAAUUUUCACCAACAUGCAUGUGAAACUGAAAAUCUUAGUCCACCAGUUCUCAAACCUAAUCACGUCCAAUGGAUUAUUUUAAAAAGGCAGUUAAGUUCCACCAUUGAACAAAGUUAAGCCUAAACUAAAAUUGUUUCCAUUUUUGCAACAGUUCAUAGUUUGUAAUAUGCAUUUUUGUAUUAUUUUGUGCAGUCUUGCCUGAAUGAAUGACUAUAGGCAUUGGCUUAGUAUGUAAUGUUAUAAUACAGCAGAGCAAACUUUAAAAAAUCAACUAUUCUACAGCUAUUUCAGUUAUUCUUCAUUGUGCUCUUCUUUUGUAUAAUCUGAGACUUUAAAACCGUAUGUCAUUCUGUGACCACAGCUCUGCUGACAACAACUGAAAUAAACCUGAACAAAUGUA